AUGUUCCGUCGAUUUUAUAGGUUUGAUCCCCCUAAAAGUGAUCAUACCUCAAAGGGUGCAGAGACACGAGCUUUGAGAGCCACGGAUUUUGAUCCUGAUCUUGAUGUCAAUUUAUUACCUAAGCUUUUUGGAAAUUCCACAAUGCCAGCGGAGUCUAUACCUAUUGCUGAAUUCCAAGGCCGUCCGGUUGCUGAUCAUCCCGCUGUUAAGUACGGACGACCUCCUGGCAUUCUCAGGGUCCCCAGAGAACCGCUUGAUGCAACUACAGUAGCCGAAGCUGUCUCUGUCAUUUCUUGUUGGUUAGUCUAUCUUUGUCAGACUCUUACUACACAAUUGUGCAAGUUUAGAUCUACUAGCGUAAAACAAGGUUCAAUAGGUUUGGACUUCGAUAUAUUCAAUCUAAACGUAAGAACAUUGUUUCACAGGUACGAGGACAAAACUGAAUGGGGUGAUCGUGUUGGUUGGAUUUACGAUUCAGUCACUGAAGAUGUCGUGACAGGGUACCGUAUGCAUAACCGUGGAUGGCGCUCUGUCUUUUGCAUCACCAAGCAUCAUGCCUUUCGAGGAUCAGCUCCAAUCAAUCUCACUGAUAGGCUCCAUCAGGUGCUCAGAUGGGCAACGGGCUCUGUAGAGAUUUUCUUCUCUAGAAACAAUGCUUUGCUUGGGACCAAAAAACUCAAAUUCAUCCAGCACUUGGCUUACCUCAAUGUUGGUGUAUACCCUAUCACCUCCUUGUUCCUAAUUGUCUACUGCUUCCUCCCUGCACUAUCACUCUUAUCGGGCCACUCUAUCGUGAAAAACCUCAAUAUUGUUUUCCUCAUCUACAUCUUGACUAUAUCGAUUUGCCUCAUCGCAUUGGCUAUCUUGGAAGUGAAAUGGUCCAGCGUGGGACUGGAAGAAUGGUGGAGGAAUGAACAGUUUUGGCUCAUUUCUGGAACCAGAGAUGACAAUGAUGAUAUUUAUGCAGAUCUCUACUUGGUGAAAUGGACUUCUUUGAUGAUCCCACCAAUUGUUAUAGGGAUGAUUAACAUUAUUGCAAUGGUAGUUGCAUUCUCAAGGACAAUUUACAGUUCAGUCCCUCAAUGGAGCAAGUUCAUUGGUGGAGCAUUCUUCAGUUUCUGGGUGUUGGCUCAUUUGUAUCCUUUUGCCAAAGGGCUCAUGGGAAGAAGAGGAAAGACACCAACAAUUGUCUUUGUAUGGUCUGGUCCAGUUUAUGUGGGGACAGGAUGCAUGUUUCGUCGAUUUGCUCUUUAUGGGUUUGAUCCCCCUAAAAGUGAUCAUACCUCAAAGGGUGCAGAGACACGAGCUUUGAGAGCCACGGAUUUUGAUCCUGAUCUUGAUGUCAAUUUAUUACCUAACCUUUUUGGAAAUUCCACAAUGCUAGCGGAGUCCAUACCUAUUGCUGAAUUCCAAGGCCGUCCGGUUGCUGAUCAUCCCGCUGUUAAGUACGGACGACCUCCUGGCAUUCUCAGGGUCCCCAGAGAACCGCUUGAUGCAACUACAGUAGCUGAAGCUGUCUCUGUCAUUUCUUGUUGGUACGAGGACAAAACUGAAUGGGGUGAUCGUGUUGGUUGGAUUUACGGUUCAGUCACUGAAGAUGUCGUGACAGGGUACCGUAUGCAUAACCGUGGAUGGCGCUCUGUCUUUUGCAUCACCAAGCAUCAUGCCUUCCGAGGAUCAGCUCCAAUCAAUCUCACUGAUAGGCUCCAUCAGGUGCUCAGAUGGGCAACGGGCUCUGUAGAGAUUUUCUUCUCUAGAAACAAUGCUUUGCUUGGGACCAAAAAACUCAAAUUCAUCCAGCGCUUGGCUUACCUCAAUGUUGGAAUCCAGAUUUCUUUCACACUUGCUUCUAAAUCUGAAGGAGAUGACAAUGAUGAUAUUUAUGCAGAUCUCUACUUGGUGAAAUGGACUUCUUUGAUGAUCCCACCAAUUGUUAUAGGGAUGAUUAACAUUAUUGCAAUGGUAGUUGCAUUCUCAAGGACAAUUUACAGUUCAGUUCCUCAAUGGAGCAAGUUCAUUGGUGGAGCAUUCUUCAGUUUCUGGGUGUUGGCUCAUUUGUAUCCUUUUGCCAAAGGGCUCAUGGGAAGCAGAGGAAAGACGCCAACAAUUGUCUUUGUAUGGUUUGGUCUUACUGCUAUUACACUCUCAUUACUUUGGGUGGCCAUUAGUCCACCUAGAGGUACACGAGCUUCAGAUGUUACGGGAGGAGGAGGGUUUCAGUUCCCAUGA